AUGACACUUAAAUACCUCAUAACCGGCGCCACAGGUGGUCUCGGCAGCCAAGUCCUCACCUACCUCUCCCUGCUCCUCCCCUCAUCAGACUACGCCGCUGCCUCCUCCAACGAAGCAAGGCGCUCUCAAUUUGAAGAGGCCGGAAUAGCCUUUCGAGUUGCCAACUUCAAUGACCCUACAACAUUAGACUCAGCCUUUGCAGAUGUUGAGAAUUUGUACUUUGUCAGUACGAAUACGUUCGACAAUGCAAGGCGGAAGGUGCAGCAUCGUAAUGUUGUGGAGGCUGCGAAGAGGGCUGGUGUGAAACAUGUGUGGUAUACGUCUCUUGCUUUUGGUGGGCUAGGCUCAGACUCGAAGAUAGCUGUGCAGCAAGCCCAUCUUGAGACUGAGACGAUGUUGAAAGAAUCAGGCGUAACAUACACCUCCAUCCGCGAAGGCAUCUAUACCGAUGCAUUCCCCCUCUUUCUGCAAUGGUAUCCCAACACCGAAACUGUAAUCCUUGCCGAAGACGGCGUCAUCACAUACACCGCCCGCGAAGAACUAGGGGAAGCAAACGCUAAACUCCUGCUGAAAGGAGGCCACGAGAACGAAAUCGUUCUGUUGACUGCCAAUGAACCCCUACGCGGAGCGGACAUAAUCAGAAUCAUCAACGAGACGACCAGCCGAAACGUUACGCUGCAGCUCGUAUCACCCGAAGAGUACGUUAGGUAUCACACAGAAAACGACAUUGGUAAAAAACUAGAGUCGUUUUGGACGUCGAGACUAUCCUGGUUCCAGGGUAUAGCGAAGGGAGAUGCGAAUUUGUCGAAUCCAUUGAUGAGAGAACUUCUAGGGAGGGAACCGAAGACUGGGAGUCAGCUGAUUCGAGAGCUUUUGCAGGAAAAUCGGGAUUAUACAUGGCAUCAGAAUUAUGUUGAUAAGGGUCAGUAUGAGGCUAGUUUGCCGAAGAAGCAGUGA